GUGUGUAGUAGGUUGGCAAUAGUCAAUCAUCUGUUUUAGGCGCCAAGUGCCGUGAUGGCUGGUGCUUAGAGGUUAGGUCUUCAUGUCAUGUUAUGUUAUUGUCGUUUGUCGUUUUAUAUUGUCAAUUAAAUAAAGUCUAAUUAUCAAUACAGUCUAAUUAUCUAUCCACUUAAAACAUGGUGUCAGGUGCGAGCGGACCCUGCUGUAUCCGCCGUUUAUUGUAGGCUACCAUAGUGUCAGUGUCAGUGCAUCUCUGUCAGUACAACAUGUCUAUUUCGACACAAAAUAUUCACCCUCUUAGCCUUUCCGGCGAUGUGGCAAAUAACUUCUCGAACUGGCUUCAACAAUUUAAAAUAUUUUUGAUUGCAGCAAACCUUGAUGAGGCUCCAUCCAAACGGAAAGUGGCCUUGUUUCUUGCCCUGAUUGGACCUCAAGGGCUGGCAGUUUUUAACUCAUUCAAUAAAGACUCUGAUGCAAUCAAAUUUGAGGAGUUGGUCCAACUUUUUAAAGAACAUUUUCUCCCCACAAAAAACUUGACAGUUGAACGUCACAAAUUCUUCACUCGAGUGCAGCAGCCAGGUGAGAGUAUUGAUGACUUUGUCACUGCCUUAAAGACACUGAGUAACUCCUGUGAAUUUGGGUCAUUGACUGAUAGUCUGGUGAAAGAUAUUUUGAUUUGUGGACUCAAUGACAGUCACACUAACAUUAAAGAACGCCUGCUCCAGGAUCCGGACCUUAACCUAGAAAAAGCACUGCAAGUGUGCCGAUCAGUGGUGAUGUCCCAACAGCAUGUCAAAGCCCUCCUGUGCCCUACUUCUGACUUGACAAUUGGAGCAGUGAACAGACGAUUUCUCCGGGAUGGAUCAAACCAGUUUCAUCAACCAGCCAACAACUCAGGUUAUGUUCACACUCCUAGUAACUCUGGUGAUGUCAUUCAACAGGCUCAUUCUUCAACCCAACCUUUCCGGUCAGGACAAGUGAAUCAAAGACCAACUAUGCCGCCCAUUUGUGAUAAGUGUGGCCAGGUGCACCGCUUCAAGUGCCCAGCACUUAAUAAAACAUGUAGUAGGUGUGGUCGUUUGAACCACUUUGCUAAAAUGUGUAGAAGCAAGACAGUGAUGUCAAUUGAAUACCAUCAGUCUCAGCCACAAGAAAAUCAAGCGAAUACUUCUGACACUUCUUGCUCAGACGGCUCAGGUCAACUCUCCCAAUCACAGAUGCACUUCUAGCUCCGACUCUGGCAGGCCAUUCCAAGCACAAGGAACAAUGCCAGCAGCAACAACUGAGAGCUCAAGAACAGUUUGGCAAACAUGUACGCCAGCUACCUCCUCUUUGUGUUGGUGAAUCUGUCUUCUUCAAGCUCACUCCUGACAGCAUCUGGUCCCCUGCUACAGUGGUAUCUAUUGAUGAAAUGCCUAGGUCAUACACAGUGAAGUCAGCCUCUGGACACACUUACAGACGGAAUCGUAAGCACCUUCUGAAGCAGUCAGGUAGGAAAGGCUUGACUCCAUUAGUUGGCACACAUCAUACUGGAUAUCAUAGAGACCAUACAACAAAUGUGGAUGCAACUGGUAAUGUCAGCCAAAAUGUUCCCCCACAACCUAAUAUGUAUUUUUCUGUACCUCUCUGGGGUGAAAAUGAGGACACUACAGGGGAAAUGAACAGUGAGAUUUCAGAUGGUGGCUCAAGUGGGGACUUUAUGGGUUUCCCUGACAAUGUCUGUCAUACUAGUUUACCUGAUCUGUCUUUUUCAUUGGUUGGUGGUCUCACUCAAGGGAGGGGAAAACGUGUUAUUAGAAGGCCAAGAAGAUUCUCAUUUUCUGAGUAUACAACAUAGAUAUAAGACAUCCCUUUGAUUCUCAUAUUAAUUAUCUCUUCUUUUGUAUAGUUAUCUCUGAUGAUUGUAUUGUUUUCUUCUACUUGUAAUUAUGUAUUUUGAUUACUCCUGAAGGUAUAUAGAUUCAUUACUAUUGUUUACUCUUAUGUUGUUCUUACUGUAGUUCUGUAUGACUUAUUCACACUAAUUCAUAAAAUGUAAAAUUUGUAAAAUGUUACAAUGUAAAAAAAAAAAAAAAAAAGCGUGUUGUGUGUAGUAGGUUGGCAAUAGUCAAUCAUCUGUUUUAGGCGCCAAGUGCCGUGAUGGCUGGUGCUUAGAGGUUAGGUCUUCAUGUCAUGUUAUGUUAUUGUCGUUUGUCGUUUUAUAUUGUCAAUUAAAUAAAGUCUAAUUAUCAAUACAG